CCAAACAAGGCAGUGAAUCGAAACCCAAAACAGGAAAGUUGCGAGUUGUUCGUCAGUUGGGCAACCAGCAGCCGCGUGAUAACAGAUCUCAUUUCAACGAGACUCUAGACGCGAACAGGAUCAGGUUGGCAGCAAGGAUCUAUAUAAGAUACACUCAACUAAUAAUAUUAUACUAGAGAGAAAAUGGGAUCAUGGAUAAGUUAUCCAUCGCCAAAUUAUGCCAUCCCGCUAUAUUACUUUGAUCCCGACGUGGACUCUACACCCCUGAGACCCGAUUACUUUUCAACCAAAUGGGAACUGAAAGAGAAAAUUGAACACCUGGCCGACGCAUCCGAGAAGAUCCAGGAAGUCAGGUACUACACUCACCCGCUCAACUGGUGGCAAAUGUCAAAGUAUGUCCUGCAUCACGCGUUCAUCGUCCUGGAAACGGACAGCUGGUUCUGGUCCAUCGAGAAGGACGAAGGAGGCAUCACCAUCCAGCGAUCAAAGCAGCUGAUCAAUGUUCGCGACCAGUGUCGUAGACACGGCCGCAUCACCGGCAUAGCCACCUGGAUCAACUUGGGCGUUACCUGUGAGAACCGAGGCCCUAGCCACGCCAGCGUCAUCGACGUCGUCAAUCGCAUGUGGCGGGAAGAGUGCCUGCAUUCAAAUUACCAUUUCCUGCAGAACAACUGCAAGCAUUUCGCCAAUACAAUUUACGACAACUUUGUUUUAAUGUCUAAUAACGACGACGUGCCGAUAAUAGAAAAAGUCGAGUUGCCCAUCACGUCCACUUCCAACUGACGAGUUGGAUAGGCCACCGUACGUAUUGUACAUUGACUUGAUAGUGUCAAGCUGAAAACGUAUUAACCCGCGUGAUUUGAAAUUUGAAAAAACAAAAACAAAAUUGUAUUGAUUGAAUUCAUUGAAUUUGAAUACAAUUUUAAUUUUUGCGAUGUCGAACAAAUGGUCCUAAGUAUAAAAUACUGUCGUUAUUUUUUUCAUCUCGGGUUGGUUGUAGGCUUGUAGCUAGUGUGGAUAAUGCAAUUUGCUAAAGGUCAUGUAUAUGGAAGGACGCGUUAAAUACAUAAAGAACGAACCAGAUUAUAUAUCGGCAAAUGUAUUGAGAAUAGAGAAAUACACCUCCACCGCCAAAUUAA